AUAAAAUUCUAGUAGUCCGUGUGUCUUCCAUUUUUCGCCUCUCAAUUGAAUUUUGUGCUAUUUUUGGAGUAAAUUUUCAGUGGAAAAAAUGCUAAAUUUGGUGAAAAAUCGCGCAGGAUGCUGCAGGUGGAUGUACAAUGGUACAUUUAAUGCUGCAGUACGUGGAAUUUCAACAGUAAAUAGGCGUAAAAUGGUGCUUUUCACGGAGACUCCGGCAGCUAAGGGGCUUCUUUCCAAGGUCUCGAGCAGUUCUACCGUUGUGUCCCGCGCGUUUAGUUCUGGUACCAUGAAAAUAGCCACUUACGAAGAAGUGAAGGAUCUCUGCAAUCACCCAGAGAAACUUCUCAUUGAUGUCCGGGAGCCUCAUGAAUUACUGGAGACGGGAUCAAUUCCCACCAGCAUCAACAUUCCACUGGGACAAGUGCAGACCAUUUUCUCAGAUGACACCUCAAAUGAGGACUUCCGUGGGCGUUUUGGGCGUGAGAAACCAUCUAAAGAUGCCCAAAUUAUUUUCAUGUGCAAAGUGGGCAUUCGCAGCGACAAAGCCGCUCAAACUGUCACAGAAUUGGGUUUCCGCAAUGCUAAAAACUACAAGGGAUCCUGGACAGAAUGGAGCGAGAAGGAAGGUCUCCCAGCUCCUAAGUAAAAGGUUGUCAUGGCAUUCACACAGUUGGUGUAAAAGAUUGUUGAACAAUAAAAAAAUUAGCCUGAAAUUUCA